CGUCCUAUGCUGCGCCAAGCACCGCAUUCGAGUGUGACUUUGACAGGGGCAAGUGCGGUUGGAUGCAGUCUACAGCGGAUGACUUUGACUGGGCGAGGUCAGUUGGCCCCACCCCUUCCUUAGACACGGGGCCUCCGUAUGAUCACACCACCAGACAAGGGUUCUACAUGUACACGGAAGCAUCCUCCCAGCUACAGGGAGAAAGGGCAUUGCUCGUCUCCCCCACACAGACAGGCUCCGCCUCUGAUAUGUGCUUCUCCUUCUGGUAUCACAUGUUUGGCGGCACCAUGGGAACAUUAAAUGUCUACUUGAGAGUUGGAGGAUCAAGCGACAUCCUUGUAUGGUCUAAGUCUGGAGGCUUGGGAAAUAAGUGGUAUGAUCAAGCACACACAAUCCAGUCAACUCAAGACUACCAGGUGGUAUUUGAGGGUAUCAUUGGAUCUAGCUUUGAGAGUGACAUUGCCAUUGACGAUGUGAAUGUCACCACUGGCUCUUGCCCGCCACCAAGAUAUUGCACCUUCGAGUACAAUUUAUGCGGUUGGACCCAAGAUACACGCAGUGAUGUACUAGACUGGUCCCGGGGCACUGGCAGUAGCAUAACACCUGGUAAUGCCCCGGGUUCAGACCACUCCACAGGAGCUCCAGCAGGGUUUUUCAUGUACGUUGACCCUGGGCAGUCCCAUGCCGCCUCUGAUGAUGCCAUUUUCUUCAGUCCUGCCUUUAAUGCGACCCUUGCCGGCGACUGCGUCAAGUUCUGGUACUACCUCAGUGGUCCCAACGAUGUGGCUCUCAAUCUUGGGUUAGUCAACAGCAGUCAUGUAUGGAGCAAGACAGGGGACCAGGGAAAUUUCUGGCGGUACGGGUAUGCCACUUUCAGCUCCAGCGCUCAAAUACAGGUUGGAUUUCAAGGGGUGCUGGGUGCCAGCAAUACCGGUAUCCUUGCCAUUGAUGACAUUGAAAUUGCCACAGAACCAUGCCCGCCUCCCGGAUCUUGUGACUUUGAGGAGAACCUUUGUUCUUGGACCAAUGAGCCUCUGCUGGAUGACUUUGAUUGGACGCGGAGUACCGGUGGCACACCGAGUGUAGCAACCGGGCCGGCCGUCGACCACACCACAAACUCUUCAUCAGGUUUCUACAUUUACAUUGAGGCAUCUUCCUAUUCCACUGGCUCCAAGGCUUGGCUGGUGUCCGAACACUUUGAUCCCUUGUCCCGAGGCUGCUUUGAGUUCUGGUACCACAUGCUGGGUGCUGGCAUCGGCGACUUAAAUGUCUACACCAAUGACCUGGACAACUUCCUCCUCAGCAAUGUGUUAACCAUCAGCGGUAACCAAGGCGACGAGUGGCACUUUGAACAGGUUGAUAUCACCAACAUCCAGACCUUUCAAGUUCUCUUGGAGGGGGUGAUUGGAGCCAACUACACCAGCGAUGUUGCCAUUGACGAUGUUGUUCUCAAACGAGGCAGCAAGUGUGUCCGAUCUAGCCUGAAUUGCACCUUUGAGACUGAUCUCUGUGGCUACAUCCAAGUGCCGGACGACGACUUUGACUGGACUUGGACCAGCGGUGGUACGCCGAGCACUACCACCGGUCCUGGGUUCGAUCACACGUAUGGCAACGCAACAGGUCAUUAUGUUUUCAUCGAGACAUCGUCACCACGCGUCCUCGGAGACAAAGCCCGCCUGGCCUCCAUGUUCAACGAGCCCACCUAUGAUGAGCCCAUGUGCCUGACAUUCUGGUAUCACAUGUACGGUCUGGCCGUCAACUCCCUCAACGUCUACCUCAAUGCAGGGCAGACAGAGACUUUAGUCUGGACCAGACACCAGACGCAGGGCAACAUGUGGUUGAAGGCACAGUACACUGUACAGAGCGACGACACGUGGCAGGUCAUAUUUGAAGGUGUAACAGGAAACACUUGGACAGGUGACAUUGCGUUAGAUGAUAUCUUGAUCUACUAUGGAGCCUGCCCACCCACAAGGGAUUGCGAAUUUGAGACCGGUCUGUGUUCAUGGACUCAAGACUUCAACGAUGAGUUUGAUUGGGUGUUAGCCAGUGGGAGCCAAUUGAUUGGGACCCAGCCACCUGUUGACCACACACUGGGAACCAGCACAGGCAAGUAUGCACUGGUGAUCACAAGUGCGCCCCGUCGCCAAGGUGACAAAGCUCGUCUCCUCAGUGCCCGACAAACUGACACAUAUGGAGAAUGCGUGCGAUUCUGGUAUCACAUGUUCGGUAACAAUGUCGGCACCCUAUGGGUCAAGUCACAUGACCUCGUAACAAACUUGGACAGCGUCCCCACCUGGCAACAAACAGGUCACCAGGACAACGUGUGGAGGUUUGGGCAGGCAACGGUUUCUGCCGGACACCCAUUCAAGGUGGUCUUUGAAGCAGAAGUAGGUUCCAACCCCAACGGUGACAUCGCUAUCGACGAUGUUGAUGUGGUGGAUGGCAAGUGCUCUAGGCAAGGUUUUUGUGAUUUUGAGCGGGACAUGUGCGGUUGGACCAACGACGAUUCUUACGAUGUCUUUGAUUGGCUGCGGAGUGCGGGUGUCACCCCCAGCCUGAACACUGGACCUAGCGUUGACCACACCACCAACUCUGGAAUAGGUUACUACGUAUUCACUGAAAUGUCGACUUCGGGUCUGUUCUUUGGUGAUAAUGCCUGGCUGGUGAGCGAGCACUUACCUGUGACCAACGAGGGCUGUUUAUACUUUUGGUAUCACAUGUACGGCAGAGGCGUGGGUAACCUGAAUGUCCACUUCCUCGACAAUGCUGGUCAGACGACCCGAAAGUGGAGUCUGACUGGAGACCAGGGUGACGUGUGGCAACAGGGCCAGGUGGAUCUCAUGAGCACCACUGAUUUCCAGAUUGUUUUUGAGGCAACCUACGCCAGUGACGUCGUUGGUGACAUCGCGCUGGAUGACUUGGACAUUGAACCGGUCUCCUGCUAUGCUGGCGUCCCUGGGAGCACACCAGCUGCUCCAUCCAUGGACUGCACAUUUGAGAUGGACUUGUGUAACUACACCCAGCUCCAAGACGACAAUUUUGAUUGGACGAGGCUGAGAGGCAGCACAGGUAGUACGCAUACUGGGCCCGACCAGGACCACACUACAGGAUCAGGCUGGUAUAUCUACAUUGAGGCCUCCAAUAGUGUCCAAGGAGACAAGGCACGUAUCAUGUCCCCGAGGCAGAAUCCCAGCCAGUCUCGCUGCUUGACCUUCUGGUACAACAUGUACGGCCGCCACGUGGACCGUCUGAAUGUCUACCUCCGCAGUAACAACUUGGACACUUUGAUCUUCACAAAGUACGGUACCCAGGGGAACCAAUGGUUCAAAGGUCAGAAGAGCAUCGCCUCUGACGAUGCCUGGUCGGUCAUCUUUGAAGCAUUCCGCGGUCCUGAAAAUCAAGCCGACAUUGCUCUGGACGACAUCUUCCUGGAAGCAGGACCUUGUCCAGCAUCAACUCUUUGCGAUUUUGAGUUUGACUUCUGUGGCUGGACCCAAGAUCAGACGGACAACUUUGAUUGGACGCGGAGCUAUGGUGGCACCCCCAGCAGCGGGACUGGACCGACUACUGACCACACCACAGGAACGACUCAAGGUUUUUUUGCUUAUAUUGAGACUUCCAGCCCAAUCGUUACCGGCCAGAUCGCUCGUCUGCUCAGCCCUGUUUUUGAUGACACCAAUGGGGAGUGUCUCCACAUGUGGUAUCACAUGUAUGGCGAUGGUAUCGGAUCGCUGAAGGUGUUUGGCUUUGACACGGUCACCCAGGUUGAGACCGGUCCACUCUUUGAAAUAUCAGGAGGGCAGUACAACGAGUGGCGUUUCACCCAGAUCACGUUCCGCGCUGCCCACCGAUACCAGAUCAUCCUGGAAGGAACAAAGGGAAGAAACUACAAUGGAGAUAUCGCCGUGGAUGACCUGAUGCUGACAACCGGAGCAUGCAACAGGCCUGGUUUCUGUGACUUUGAGCUGGACACCUGUGGCUGGUCACAAGACACUGUCAAUGACGACUGGGAUUGGCUGAGGAGGAACGGUGCCACUCCUAGUGUUGACACGGGCCCCGGCGUGGACCACACUACCAACUCUGACAAUGGCUUCUACAUUUAUUUCGAGGCCUCAGUGUCGUCUUUGGCUCAGGGCGACAACGCCAUUCUUGUCAGCCAGCACAUGCCUGCCAGUAACCAAUCCUGUCUAUCCUUCUGGUACCACAUGUAUGGCAGCACUAUUGGCGAUCUCAAUGUUUACACGAAGGACAACAACUUGGUGCAGACGCAGAUAUGGUCGAAGUCGGGAAACCAAGGAAACGUGUGGCUGCAUGGACAGGCUGUCCUGACAAGCGCCGUGGAAUAUCAGGUGCUUUUUGAGGCCAUUUACACGUCUGGCUACAAAGGAGACAUUGCCUUGGACGACGUUGACAUUGAAUCUACAGCUUGUGUAGGCAUCGCUACACCAGCCCCUCCAACAACACCAUUACCAACACAUGCCCCUAGUGCUUAUGACUGCGACUUUGAGGUCAGCCUCUGCAGUUGGACCCAGGAGACAAGCGACGACUUUGACUGGACGAGACUUCAAGGCAGCACGGCCUCGGUCAACACCGGACCACAGUUUGAUCACACCACACUAAGUGUCUACGGUUGGUAUAUUUACAUUGAGGCCUCCUCUCAGGUAAAUGGUGACCGGGCCCAGCUAGUUUCCACCUCCAUGGUAUCCGGAAGUGUUGGUAAGUGCGUGAGUUUCUGGUAUCAUAUGUACGGGCCCAGCAUCAAUGCUCUGAACAUCUACCGGCGAGAGAAUGGACAGGAUGUCCUGGAGUGGACAAGACUCGGUGACCAGGGUCCUGUGUGGAACUAUGGACAAGUCUUCAUGGAUGGGUCAUUCACCGUUGUAUUUGAAGGAGUUGUUGGCCAAUCUUAUGAAGGAGAUACCUCAUUGGAUGACAUUGUGGUUUACAACGGGCAAUGUCCAAGCCUCGUCCUCUGUGACUUUGAGCACGGGAUGUGCGGCUACGCCCAAGACACAACGGAUGAUUUUGAUUGGCUGCUGGCAUCGGGCGCGACUGGGACGUCGGGGACGGGCCCACCCAAUGACCACACCUACCAGUCACCUCAAGGACAUUACAUUUACAUUGAGGCCUCUGCACCCCGUCAGUUGGGUGAUGUCGCUCGUAUCAUCUCCCAAGAAUACCCAGCUACCAUGGGAACCUGCAUGAGAUUCUGGUACUACAUGGUCGGUAGCGAUCUGGGCCAGUUCAAUGUCUACAUAGAGGUUAACGGGAACCGGGGAUCAAGCGUGUGGUCGCGGAGCACCAGCGGAUAUAACUUGUGGAGAAUCGCUGAGGUCACCGUACAGACGAGUUAUCCUUACCGGGUUGUGUUUGAAGGCAUCAUUGGUAACGGUAUCCAAGGCGACAUCGCCCUUGACGACAUCGACUUCUCCAACCAAGCCUGCUCCCUCCCAGCCACCUGCAACUUUGAGAGCGACUUCUGCACGUUUGCCAACAUCCACCAGGACACGUUCGACUGGACACGCAACAACGGCGCCACCGCCAGCAGCCAGACGGGCCCGCCCACCGACCAUACCCUCGGCAACAUCUACGGCUACUACGUUUUUAUUGAGACCUCCGCGCCCCGCGUUGUCGACGACUUUGCCUACCUCUUCUCGGAGACGCUCCCGGCCAACACGGACAUGUGCCUGACGUUCUGGUACCACAUGUAUGGUGUGGACAUCGGGACUUUGCAGGUGUGGUUGGAGACCACAGUCUUGAACCCUGCCUACUGGACAUUAGUUUGGAGUAAAACGGGUGACCAGGGCAACUACUGGCAGAACGCCAUUGUGGACAUCAAAAGUGAAAACUCUGUGUUUGAGGUCAUCUUUGAGGGUCGGGUAGGGCCCAGCUUCUCCGGCGACAUCGCCCUGGACGACAUCCAGACCUUCUUUGGCAGAUGUGCCCCGCCCACCCCAGCCCCACCCUGCCAGUUCACUUGCAAUAACACCAACUGCCUAACGGAUUCCACCCAAGUCUGCAACUUUGUGGAUGACUGUGGAGAUGGCUCUGAUGAGGAAAAUUGUGGUGGCAACUGCAACUUUGAGUCGGGCAUGUGCGGAUGGACUGAUACAAGUCUGGGCUCCUACAAAUGGCAGCUAGGAUCAGGCGCCACGCCUACGUCGAACACCGGACCCUCCAAAGACCACACCUUCAACAACGCAGCAGGUCGAUAUGUGUAUGUGAACGCCAACUCCGGUUCGGGUUUCAGCCAGGCCACUCUGGAGACAAAAGAACGACACCAAGCUUCGUCAACUUGCCUCUUCAGCUUCUGGUAUCACAUGUACGGACAGGACAUUGGUAGUUUGGCAGUGUACUUAGUGGAAGGGUCGUCCCGGACGCUGCUGAUCUACCUGUUUGAGGAUAUGGGAGAUGUGUGGAAUAAUAUCCAGCUUGGCGUGGGCAGAGUGAGCCUUCCAUUCAAGAUUGUGUUUGAGGCCACCAGAUCGUUCAGUGUUCUUGGUGACAUUGCACUUGACGACAUCAGCUUUGUCGGAUGCGGGCUACCUCCACCGACCUCUGACCCUUGCCCUUCGGGUCGGACUAAGUGCAACCGCGGCAACUGUGUUGAGGACAAUCGGUUUUGCGAUCUCACCGAUGACUGCGGUGACUUCACUGACGAAAAUUCUUGCAGCAACUACCAUCUGUGCGAUUUUGAGAGCGGCAUCUGCGAUUGGCGGCAACUGACCAAUGACGAGCUGGAUUGGCGGACGUACUCAGGAAUAACCCCCACCGAGUGGACAGGCCCAACAAGGGACCACACCAGUGGACUCUCAUCAGGUACCUAUCUCUACCUGGAGACGUCGGCCCCGCGUCAGAUGGGAGACCGUGCUCGCCUCGGUAGCUACUACAUCGCAGCCACAACCACAGGCACUUGCCAGCUGCGUUUCUACUACCAUAUGUUUGGCCGAACCACCGGUUCCCUGACUGUGUACAUCCGCGAUACAAUCAACGGCCCUCUCACCAACCUUUGGAGCAAGAGUGGUGAAAUUGGAGACUUCUAUGAGAGAGCUGAAAUCACUCUGGGCUGGACCAACCCAUUCCAGGUCAUAAUCGAGGCUACUGUUGGAAACGGUAUCUAUGGCGACAUUGCCAUUGACGACACCUCCUUCACUCCCGGCUGUGUGGCUUACAGUGGAGAACUGCCUGUGGUGGGAACAUCCCCAUGGCAGCCUGUCCCAACAACGCCCCCGCUCUGCCAACCAGACGAGUUUGCUUGUGGUUCAGGGACCUGCGUCAGCCUGAGUUCGGUUUGUGAUGGUACAAAUGAUUGCGCAGAUGGCUCGGACGAGGCAAACUGUGGAAACUGUAACUUUGAAAGUGACCAGUGCGCCUGGUUGGCUAUCGACAACGGCCGGUAUCGCUGGACAAGGCAGCAGGCUGGCAGCACCUCGUCUGCGGCAGCACCUUCUACUGACCACACCUCGGGGACAGGGUACUUCAUGUUCGUGGACAGCACCAACGGAACGUUUCAGACGUCAGCUAUUUUGCAGAGCCCUACCUUGGGAUCUGUUGGAGCAAGGUGUGAAAUGAAUUUCUGGUACCAUCUCCGUGGCAGCAAUGCUGGUGCCCUGGUUGCAAUAGUCUAUCAAGGUGUUGUUCAGGACACCAGCGUGGUGUACAGCGGUGACACCAAUAAUCAGUGGCAACAGGGCACACUGAGUGUGGGACCCAGACUCGCGGGCCAGUACUCGGUGCGGUUUGAAGCUCUCCCCGGCAAUGAUUUCUCUGACCCUUCUCUGCUUACAGACAUCGCACUGGAUGAUAUCGCCUUCGACAACUGUGGUUCCGACUCGGAUCUUAGCUGCGACUUUGAAGAGAACAACAUCUGCGGCUGGACUCAAGACAACCUGGACGACUUUGACUGGAUAGUAAUUCAAGGAGGGACAGGCUCUGCAGGCACUGGACCUGAGUUUGACCACACCGUAGGAACCGGAGCUGGUUACUACGCCUACAUCGAGACAUCUUCCCCACGUGUCCAAGGCGACAAGGCUCGCAUCAUGUCCGGCCCGAUUGCGGCCAAUUCACAAUACUGUUUGGAGUUCUGGUACCACAUGUUUGGACCUGACAUCGAUGCCCUGAAUAUCUUUCUGUCAUCCGGUAGUACAUCUACACUGAUUUACCGAAAGCAAGGCACUCAAUCCAACCAAUGGCUCCGAGCCAGAGAGCCAAUCACAAGCACGUCAACCUACGAGAUCGUCAUUGAGGGAGUAACCGGCCAGUCAUGGGGCGGGGAUAUUGCAAUCGACGAUGUUGUCUUCAACCCUGGGACGUGCCCAACAGUUUCUCAAUGUACCUUUGAGUAUGAUCUUUGUGAGUGGGUCAACGAUGACACCGAUACGCCGGGAUUUGAUUGGCUGAGAGGAACCAAUGGGAACCCUUCACUGGGUACAGGACCAACCACAGACCACACCUACGACACAGUAUCAAACUAUUUUGCCUACAUCAAUCCUCUGUCGCCACGGCAACCCGGAGAUGAGGCACGCCUCCUCAGCCCUUUUUUCGACCCGGGCACAGACCACUGUCUCCACUUCUGGUAUCACAUGUACGGCGACAAUAUCGGGUCCCUGCUGGUGUACAAGCAAGACGAAGGUGAUUUCUUUGUCAGCCCGAGCUGGCAAAAGGACGGCGAUCAGGGAGACCUGUGGAGACGGGGAAGGGUGACCAUCUUGCCGUCCCAAACCCAGAAAUUCAGGAUCGUCUUUGAAAGCCGUGUUGGAUCCCCGACGAUGGGAGACAUAGCUCUAGACGACAUCGGCAUCCGCGACGAGGUGUGUUACUCGGAAGGAGUAUGUGAUUUCGAGCAUGGCAUGUGCGGUUGGACUAAUGACAAGACCUCAGACGAUUUUGAUUGGUUGAGAGGAGCCGGCGGUACACCAAGCUCCUACACCGGACCCUCCGUCGAUCACACAACCAACACAGGAAGAGGUUUCUAUGUCUUCAUCGAGACCUCUGCUCCUCGUGUCCUUGGUGACAGAGCAUGGCUCCUGAGCGAGCGCCUUGAUCCAACACCUGGAGCUUGCCUAUCCUUCUGGUAUCACAUGUUCGGCAGUAACAUAAACACGCUGAGUGUUUGCACCCAGUCGCCCAGCAUCUACCCCAGCAACAACACUCUCUGGACCAAGACUGGGGAACAAGGAGACGUGUGGCUGCAAGGGAGACUAUCCCUUACCUCUUAUGAACAGUUCUGGGUGAUCUUUGAGGGCGUGGUUGGGAUUGACUACACCGGUGACAUUGCUCUUGACGACGUGGAAAUCGCUGAUGGACUAUGCCCAGCGACCAUUCCCCCUCCAACGACUCCCUCCCCACCACCUACAUAUCCACCCAACUCCCACGACUGCAACUUUGAGCAGGGUAUCUGUCAGUGGACACAGGUUACCGGUUCAGGGGACCAGUUUGAUUGGACACUAGCUACAGGAACCACAGGAAGUAUUGGGACUGGUCCCGCCGGAGAUCACACGUUGGGGGAUGCCAACGGUCAUUAUGUAUACAUAGAGGUCACAGGUCAAAAUGAGAACGACACAGCCCGUCUCUCCUCUCAAUACUUCCGUAAUGUGACGAGCGCUGGUUAUUGCAUGGAGUUCUGGUACCAUAUGUAUGGCCCUCAUGUCGCAGAUCUGAAUAUCUACACGCUGACUUACCCAACCGGAGUUGAGACUUUAGUUUGGACAAAAGUGGGUUCUUUCGGGCCACAGUGGAACCAAGGAAUGAUACACUUUUUGGAAACCGAUCGGUAUCAGGUUAUUUUGGAAGGAGUUGCUGGUCCAAGUUACCAAGGCGACAUUGCAUUAGAUGACAUCACAUUCCACACAGGACCCUGUCCCGCUGGAGAGCUGUGCGAUUUUGAGAAUGGGCUGUGUGGAUACACACAAGACUCAGCCGACGAUUUUGACUGGACGCUAAAUCAGGGAGGUACUCCGAGUCAGGGCACUGGACCAGGUUCAGACCACACUUACCAGACUGACUUAGGCCAUUACAUGUAUGCCGAGAUGUCGUCUCCGAGGGUUCCAGGUGAUGUGACUCGGCUGGACAGCCCAGUCUAUGCCCCAACCACCGGCCGCUGUUUGCAGUUCUGGUACCACAAUAUCGGAGUGGACAUUGGCACCCUUACUGUCUACAUGACAGCUUCCAACAACUACGUUCAGCUGUGGUCCAAGGAUUAUUCCAUCUAUGAUGAGUGGUAUGUGGCUGAAGUGACCGUCUCAUCAGUAACAGACUUCCAGAUUGUCUUUGAGGCAGUGACAGGCCUGUCCUGGCAAGGAGACAUUGCCAUCGACGACAUCCGUUUCCGUAGUGAUGGCCCAUGCAAUCCCUUUGGCGACUGUAACUUUGAGACGGGCGACACGUGCACGUGGAAAAAUGCAGAGGGCUCAGUGGACGACUUUGAUUGGAUGCGCCAACAGGGGGCGACACUGUCUGAUAACACAGGGCCAUUAGUGGACCACACUCUAGGAAGUGCUUAUGGUACCUAUCUGUAUGCCGAGGCUUCUUCACCUAGACAGCAAGGCGACUUCGCCUUCCUUAUCUCAGGUGUCUUUGAUGACGGCGACUAUUGCCUUGAAUUCUGGUACCAUAUGUACGGCAGUCAGGUGGGCUCGCUCAACGUCUGGACCUGGCCAAUCUACUCCUCAACAAUCCACAAUGUCUGGACAGUCUCUGGUGACAAAGAUGACGUCUGGAGAGUGGCACGGGUGACCAUUUCGCCCAAUGACAACUCCCCCUUUGAGUUGACAUUCCAGGCCGUGAUUGGGUCAUCGUUUGCCGGGGAUAUAGCAAUAGAUGAUAUCGUUGUAAGCACCGGCACAUGCCCAGAUCCUGUCGACCCAUGUUAUACAACCUGUGAUGACGGCACCAGCGAUUGUGCCUCGCAGUCCCAGACAUGUGAUUUCAUCAGCUACUGCAGCAACGGGAAAGAUGAAGAAGCAUGUGGACACCAGUGUACCUUUGAGACAGACCAGUGCAAUUGGGUUAACUAUGACAAUGGGGCCUACACCUGGGUGCGAUAUCGGGGUGCCACUCCUAGCCAGAACACGGGACCUACCUAUGACCACACUACACUCACAGCUCAAGGCUGGUACAUGUAUGUGGAUUCCAAUUCCAACGCUGGCUCUGCAUGGGCGGAGCUUCACAGCCCCACCCUCCGCAACUCGGCCGCCAGCUGCGAGCUGCGGUUCUGGUACCACAUGCAGGGAUCAGACAUCGGUGUCCUGACCAUCUUUCUGGUGGAGACAUACUACAUACUGUACCCUCUACAGCUGACAGGGGACCAUGGCAACCGGUGGAAUGAGGGAGUGGCACCGAUUGGACGAGUGCCAAGUGAUUUCUUUGUUGUCUUCCAAGCCUAUCGGAGUUUCAGCGUUCUCGGCGAUAUUGCCAUUGAUGAUAUCAGCUUCAGUGGUUGCGGGGUACCAGAGCCCGUUUCUGGGAGUUGUGGAACAAACCAGUUCCGGUGUGCCAGUCAGGCUUGCGUCAACAACGACCGUGUCUGUGACUUCAGCGAUGACUGUGGCGAUUACUCAGACGAGGCAGUCUCAGUCUGCAAUGCACCUCAAGCCUCGUACGACCGCUGCGAUUUCGAUUCCAACUUCUGUGAUUGGCAGCAGCUACUGGACGACAAUUUUGAUUGGUCGAGGACGGCUGGACCAGCUAGUGGUGACCUGGCCACCGGACCACUGCGUGACCACACAACCAAUGGACCAACAGGUAGUUACAUAUUCAUCGAUGCCAGCGGCCAAUCUGAUGGUGAUGUGGCCCGCAUGGCAAGCCCAACAAUACAGGCUGUUCAGCCAGGAGAAGACUGUCAGCUGCGGCUUUGGUUCCAUAUGUUUGGUGACGACAUUGACACUGUCAGGGUCAAGUCUUGGACUGAAAUCCACGGAGAUGAAACCAUCCUGUUCUCUCGGACGGGUCACAUCGGGGAUUACUGGGAGAGAAUUGACAUCAUUCUAACAUCAUCCCAAGAUUUCCAGGUGAUUUUGGAAGCCAUGGUUGGCAGUGGUCCGAAUGGUGACAUUGCUAUCGACGACACAUCAUUCACACCAGAUUGCAAGCGAUCUGCAAAUCCCCUCCCCGUAGGCCCAACGAGGAUGCCCACGACCACCGUUGGCCCUUGCGGCAAGAACAACUGGCAGUGCGUCACUGGGGAAUGCAUCAACCAAACGCAGCGUUGCGAUUGGACACCCGACUGUCCAGGUGCCGAGGAUGAAACCAACUGUGGAACCUGUGACUUUGAACCUUUGGACCAGUGUGGCUACAGUGACGUUAGCACUGGCAACCUGGCCUGGUCUCGUCAACAGGGGGCUCCAUCGCUCAUCCCCCCUGGUGACCACACCUCUGGAUCUGGGUUCUUCAUGAAGAUCAGCCCGGGUAGUGGACUAUUUGCCAGCCCUGUGGUCUUAGAGAGUCCACUGCUAAGCCCUACCAGUGCCCUCUGCAAGAUCAAGUUCUGGUUUGUCAGUAACAUGGUUUCUGGAGGUAGUCUUUCUCUCAAGGCAAUCGAUUCAACUGCUCCGUCAGAAGUCCUUGACUUGUGGCACCCCACAGGAACAGGAUUAAUCACGCAAUGGCAGGAGGCUAACGUCGGCAUUGAACGACGGAGAAACAACUUCAGGAUCCAGUUUGAGGCAAAUGCGGCUAGCAUUGACUCUGUUGCUGUUGACGACAUCACCUUUGAUGGAUGCGCUCUAGACCCGCACCUUCCAUGCGAUUUUGUCUGUGGGAACGGCGUGUGCAUUCCGGAUGCCCUGAAAUGCGACUACUCAGAUGACUGUGGGGACAACUCGGAUGAAGCAUCGUGUGAUGACUACCGUGAACGUUGCGACUUUGAAUUGGGACUGUGCAAUUGGAUGCAAGAUUCUGAUGACGACAUUGAUUGGACGUUUGUUCCAGCCUCAAUACUCGGCUAUCCAGAUCACACCACCAACUCUCUCGCUGGAACCUUCCAAUAUAUUAGCACCACUGAGUUCAACGUCAAGGCAAGAUUGAGCAGUGUGGUGUUCUUGCAGCCACCAGCUGAUGGAUCAUGCAAGGUUCGCUUCUGGUAUCGCAUGUACGGUGCAGCAAUCAGCAAGCUUACCGUCUACCAGCGCUACUCUGUCUUAGAUUUCCCGUCACCCAUCUUGACCAUCUCCGGUAGUCAAGACGAUGCCUGGAAACGGGCGGAGGAAGAGAUUGACAUUGAGGCUAAAUUCAAGAUUAUCAUUGAAGGCACAUCUGCCUCUGCAGCCAGUGAUGACUUUGACAUUAUGAUUGACGAUGUUUCGUUCACCCCUGGCUGCGUGCUUGACCCGACCAACUCUCUUCCAGAUCACGCAGUACCAACAUCCCACCCCAAUUGCCAGGUUGGCGAAUUCCGAUGCACAGACGGGACAUGUAUUUCACAUGAACUGAUGUGCGAUUUCCGGUUUGACUGUAAUGAUGGAUCGGAUGAAGACACAUGUCCUUCUGUGUGUACCUUUGAGGAUCAAACACUUUGCGGCUGGACACAGGUGCAGAGUGAUGACUUUGACUGGAAACUGCGAGACGGCAACGAGGUUGAUACGUUUGGCGGACCUGAGUUUGACCACACGGCAACCAACCCACCAGGUUUUUACAUCUAUGUUGACGGCAUGCAAACCUCGAUCAACCAGCGUGGAAAGCUGGUAUCAAGCACCUAUCAUCUGGCAGGUGUCGGCUGCAAAUUAAACCUCUACUACUACAUGUUCGGCCCAUCCUACGGUGACAUCACAGUCUCUGUCAGAUACAGCGACAAGGAAAGAACGUUGGGCAAAGUGUCUGACAACAUUGGGCCUUACAGCAGGUGGAACCUGCAGACCACGGACAUACCAAACUGCCUGACUGACUUCCAGAUUGUAGUUGAUGUACAAGAUCUACAGGUUACAGCAUCGGAGUCUGGCUUUGCCGUGGAUGACCUGCGUUUUGAUAACUGCGCAUACAGCCUGCCCACCUCGUUGACCUGCCCGGCUGGCCAGGAUAGGUGCAGUUCCAGUCACUGCUACCCGGUAUCCGGCAAAUGUGACUUCCAUUUGGACUGUUGCGACGGCUCCGACGAACAAUCCUGCAGCAGUUACAACCGUUGUGACUUUGAGAGCGGACUGUGCAAUUGGGAACAGCUGACAACGGAAGAAGCUGACUGGCAGAGAGUUCCAGCGGCGGGGGUUGGUAUGGAAGACCACACCGCUGACUCUCCAAAUGGAUACCUUGUCACCAUUGGCCUCUCGCAGAGGGAGAACCAAAGAACUCGCCUCGCCAGCCCUGUCAUAGAGAGUGGAUCAUCAACAUGCACAAUGCGCUUUUUCUACCACAUGCUGGGACAAGAUAUUGGAUCACUCCAUGUCUACACACGCACUGAAAUCAACGGUCAGUUGACUUUGAGGUGGACGGUCGAAGGUGAAAACAACAGAUGGUGGAAACGAGCUUCUGUGGAUAUCAACUACAAUGACCCCUACCAGAUCGUCAUAGAGGCAGUCCGAGGAGCCGGUUCCCAAGGUGAUAUUUCCCUCGACGACAUCUCGUUUACUCCUGAGUGUGCCCUGUCAUCUUCAUCCCUUCCAGUUCUGACUACCCCCGAACCCGUCAUUGUUACCACGGUACCCAGGGUGUGUUUGGAUGGACAGUUCCAGUGCCGCGACUUCACCUGCAUUCCUGCUGAGCAGAUAUGCGACUUCAAGAUGCAGUGUCCCGACCAAUCAGACGAGGAAGCUUGCCCAACUCUGUGCGAUUUUGAGAGUGAUUCUUGUGGCUGGACGGAGACUACCAUGGACAACUUUGACUGGCACCGAGCAACGGGGCAGGAUACUUCGGCAACGCCAAAUGUAGCUCCAAGGAUGGACCACACCCUCUCAAGUGGCAUCGGUCACUACAUGUACAUUGCACCCUUCGGCCAGACCUCAGUUGACCAAGUGGCCCUCAUGGUUGGCCCAGCAUACACAGUGGCCUCAGCCAACUGUGUCCUGGAGAUAUGGUAUGUCAUCAGCGGCCAGAACGUCGGUGAGCUGCUCCUGGUCUUGGUUGACCAGGCGGAUCGGUCCGAGAGCGUGCUUUGGGCCAACAGCGCCGACCACGGCAGCCAGUGGAAACAACUGACCAUUGGAAUUGGGAGGAGGCAAUCACCUUUCAGGCUUAAAUUCCGCAAGGAGCGUAAUUCCAACUUCCAGGGCAUGAUUGCCAUGGACGACAUUAAGUUCACCAACUGUGCCCUCCCAGACCCCGCCCUGUCAUGUGACACCUCCAGCAACUUCUGGUGCGUCAACAGAGCCUGCGUGGACAAGAGCCUGGUUUGUGAUUGGUCGGACGAUUGCGGCGACGGAACGGACGAGGAUCUGCAGUCUUGCUUAUCCAAUGGCAACAGAAUGUGCAGCUUUGAAAACGAUCUCUGUGAUUGGACGCAGGCCACUGACACAGAUGGCAUUAAUUGGGUGAGAUUAAAGGGCUCAACAGCUAUUCCUGACACUGGACCCUCUAGAGAUCACACCUUAGGAUCAAGUGAAGGUUUUUAUAUGUUCAUUGAUUCCUCACCUGGGAAUUUUGGAAAGGCAGCGCAACUCGUCAGCCCUAAGUACACCGUGCCAUCUGGGAACGAUUGUAAGCUUCGAUUCUUCUACCACAUGUUUGGUGCCAACAUCCAAGACCUGAAAGUGAUGCUUCGUUCCUACUACAAUAGUAAUUACCAGGCUCAGACAAUUUGGUCAAAGAGCGGUGGCCAAGCAGACGUUUGGAGGCGGGCAGAGGUUGCCAUAACAACCAGUACACCAUUCCAAGUUGUCAUCCAAGCCUCAGUGGGUGAUGCUGCCGGGGGCGACAUCGCCAUCGACGACACCAGCCUUACGCCCGGCUGCCAGGCCUACUCCGGUAACCUCCCCACGGCCCCGCCAACCACCCCUUCCCCAACUGGUCCUGCUCGCUGCUCAGCAGGCCAGUUCUACUGCAAGGCAGACGACCGGUGCAUCAGUGCAAUCAAUGUGUGCGACUUCAAGAAAGACUGCAUUGAUGGGGCAGACGAGAGGGAUUGUGUUCAAUCCAAGUGCGACUUUGAUGCAGGCUCAUGCCACUGGAUGUUGGCAGAUGGGGAUUUCUAUUGGUUGUUGGCCCAGGGCAAUGGAGGUGACCAAAACCGGCCAGCCACUGACCACACCUCACAAUCCACCCUUGGAUACUAUGCCUACACAAUGAGCAAGUCCAACACAGCAGGUGUGGCCACAAUGACAUCAGCUACUCUCUCUGAAACAAACACCAACUGCAAGUUGGACUUCUGGUACUACAUGACGGGCACCAAUGUGGGCUCGCUGAGCGUUGCCACAUCGCAGGUUGGAGCCAAUGCAACCAUAGGUUACAUCAGCGGCUCGCAGGGAGCCCAGUGGAAGAAAGCAGAAUUCGUACUCGGCGCAGGCAGGGACUACAGUGUGAUCAUCCAAGCCAGGCGAUCUACCACUUACUCUGGUGGCAUCUCGCUUGAUGACAUCACGUUCUACAGCUGCUCCCCGCCACCAGUCACCGGCGUGCCAUGCAAUGACAACCAGUUCCAGUGUAGCAACUCGCUGUGCGUCGAUGCGACAUCAGUGUGCGACUUCCGGGAUGACUGCAUGGACGGAAGCGACGAGCUCAACUGUCCCACAACAUUGAGCUGCAGUUUUGAUGCCGACCUUUGUAAAUGGCACCAGGAAUAUAAUGAUGAUUUUGAUUGGUCGAUGAGGCAAGACGGAGCUGGAGGGAUGAGCGUUGGACCAAUAAAUGACCACACAAAGAAUUCAAAUAAAGGCAACUACUUGUACAUUGAUUCCUCCCGGCCUAGACGGAGUACAGACAUCGCUAGGUUGGGUAGUCCCUCCAUCAGCAGACUAAGUAACAACUGCUAUGUUCGUUUCUGGUAUUACAUGAACGGGGAGGAUGCGGGCACUAUCGUCGUCCGCCAGCGUACAUCAUAUCUUAGCAACGCUCUGCCUCAGAUGGACCGCAUCACCGGUUCCCAAGGCGACACUUGGCAUCUGAGGUCUCUGCCGGUCAACAAUCCAGGGGUGGACUUUGAGAUUGUCAUUGAGGGUAUUUCUGGUGCCAGUCCACAAAGCGCUGUAGCCAUCGAUGAUGUCUCCUUCUCAAGGGAAUGUUUCAUUGGAAGUGGCCUUCCUGGUGAGCCGUUGCGAGGUGACACCAACUUCUACUGCCCCGAUGGCCGGUACGCAUGCCUGACGUCGGCUGGGUGCUACAGCCAAUCGCAGCACUGCGAUCUGAUGUCGCAGUGUAGCGACUCGUCUGAUGAGACCACAUGCGGGUCCGAGUGUCCCUUUGAGACCGACAGCAACGCUUGCGGAUGGUACAAUGCAUUCUCGGAUCGUGUUGAGUGGCGCUAUGGUAAACCAACUAAUGGGGAACCAGUCGCUGACCACACGACAGGAACGAGUCAAGGUCAUUUCAUGGUCAUUGUGCCCCUACCGAACCUUGCAAAUGCCGGGCGAGCCAUUCUAAGCUCUCUGAUGUACCAGAAAUCCAGCGCCCUGUGUGACGUUACUUUCUUCUUUUAUUUGAAUGGCAAUUCACUCAAUUCCAUCAAUGUUUACCUGAAGACUGGAGCCUCAACUUCAAGCCAGAAGAUAUUUCAGAGCUUGAACCAGCUUGGCAGCUGGCAGUCAACCAAUGAGAUUACGAUUGGCGAACAAAGCAACUUUGCCAUUCAUAUUGAGGCUGUGUAUGGUUCAGGCAGCUCGGGUGUCAUCGCCAUUGACGAUAUUAAGUUUGCGCAACAGUGUGAAAUCGGUCUCAGCAAGCAAGAAUCCUGCAAUGCCAACCAGUUCAAGUGUAGUAGCGGAGAGUGUGUGAUGCGUGACGUGCUCUGCGACAAAAAACAAGAUUGCUUUGAUGGGUCAGAUGAAAACUCCUGUGAUUCAUACACAGGCUGCGAUUUUGACAAUGAUGCAUGUAACUGGGCGCAGAUGACUGACGAUGAAUUUGAUUGGCUCCUUUCAAGCAGCACGUCGGGCAUCAGUGAAGAUCACGGCAAAGGUGGCAAGUUCAUGUACAUCAGUGGAUCCGAUCAGCUUCUUGGGGAUCUGGCAAGAAUGAUGACAGCCUCAGAGUACCCUGCGAGCAACGGUGCCUGCAGGGUACGCUUCUGGUACCACAUGAAUGGUGCAAACAUUGGCUCACUCAAGGUGUACACCAUGUCUACAACUACAUCUAUCAUGACCCCUAUCUGGAGCACUCGUGGUGACCAGGGUAACGACUGGGCUUACGGUAGUGCAGCGAUCCUCAGCAGUGGCAAGUACAAGGUGGUGUUUGAGGGCGCCGUAGGCAGCAACACAGCAUCGAAUAUCGCCCUUGAUGAUGUCACGUUCACUCCCAGCUGCGUCAGUCCUGACACCCCAGUGCCGACCCCAAUUCCUGGAAUGUGCGGUGUUUCGGACGGCAGUUUCGUCUUCUGCCCGAACGAUCGUAUUUGCAUUCCUUCAUCGUGGGUUUGUGACGGCAUCGUGGAUUGCCCAAGAGACAGUUUAGACGAAUCAACAGCUCUUGGAUGCAGCAACGCCACAGAGCCCAACCCACCCACAGGCGCACCGCAGACAGGUUCAAACGACUCUGUAAUUGUAGCUAUUGCUGUCGUUGCCGGAAUCCUAGCCAUCAUUCUCAUCUUACUGGUGGCGUUCCUGUUUUCGAAGAGAGUGCAGCACAAGAAGCGUUUUGGUGACAUUGCAAAUGAACAUGCCGUCAGCAACCCCGCUUACGUUGGUGAUCUCGGAGAGAAUAUUCUCACCGAUUUUGCCGCCGCCGGCUAUGAUCCAGGGAUGUUCUCAUCAAAGCUUGAGGUGCCUCAUGCGAAGCCAAGAGGUGGUAGUUUCAGCAACCCCGUUUACGGAACCCAACCAGCCUCACUACCACUGGAUGACGAAACAGACUCCUAAGCCUUAGACGUCACGAAACUCAACAAGUCUUUGUGAAUUCGACAACUGAAACGAGAUUCGAACAAACGGAAAUGUAUUUACAUAGAAUGGAAAUUCUGCCCUGAUAAUGGUUUGCAGCGUGCAAAACAUAAGCCUAUAAGUUAACACACAACAGUUGAAUAACGUGUAUAACAAAUUAAUAUUUCUUACUAUUGUAAUUAUAAAUAUUCAUUUGUAUAUUAUAGUUGCGUGCAAAAUGUUUAAAGAAUGCAGAUUGUGCUGUAACAAAUUAACUGGUAUAUCGUGAAAAAAAAAUGAAUAUCGUAGCACUAUUUGGUUUAACAUUAAUUGAAACAAGUUACCGUACAUCCGUCCAUUUCUCUGACUUAUCCUUGUUGGCCUACUACAAAUUGUAUUUUGGUUCCAAACCUAACGUCAAAAGUUAUGUUCUGAAGUGAUGGCUUCAAAGGUUGCUUUAAAUGAAAUUGUUCAUUUCAUCAUAGUUUUAGUGGUGUUCUUAUUGUAAAAAUGUGUCAUUAAUUAUAUCAAGAAAUUUGUUUAAUAAACGAACGUCGCUAUCUUGUGAAACUUUA